AUGUACUCGUGUGGGUCGCUGGCUCCCAAGAUGAGGAAAGGUGGAUGUAUGGACACCCACUUCCAGCGACCAGUAGAACCCUGGGAGAAGACUGAGGGGUCAGUGCUACUGUUUGCACAUAUUUACGUAUCGUAUUGUUUUGUUAACCAAGCACCAAGCCCCAGCUACUUGCAAUUUCAUGCUCGUAUACUGUUGCCUCACAGUUUGUUCUAGUAUCCACUGUUGUUCCCCUCCCUCUGCCCUCUC